AUCAUCACCAUGAGGUGUGCAUCAGCUGUGAUCCGCGCUGCGCUUCUCAUCGCUCAGGUUUUAGGAGAAUAUGGCAUCGCUCAUUUCACUGAGUUUGGAAGAAACGGAGGGAAGGAUUACUGCAUCCACUUCAACUCCCACUGGACUCCCUUACCUCAGCACCUCCACACCACGCCUGCGGUGGAGGUGUAUGAUCUGACCCCGUCUGUACUUUGCUCCGACUCCGAUGUCCCCGAUGGUGUCUUUCGUGACCGUGUUGCCAUGGUGAUGCGUGGGAACUGCACGUUUUAUGAGAAAGUUCAUUUGGCCCAAACCAACGGUGCCAAAGGUCUCCUGAUCAUCAGCAGGGAUUGGCUGAUCCCUCCGCAGGGGAACGAGUCUCGGUACGAGGAGAUCGACAUUCCGCUGGCUUUAAUGAGUUACGCAGACAUGCUGGACCUCCGCACGCGUUUCAGAGACAGGAAGCAGGUGGUGCUGUACUCUCCUGAUGAGCCGCUGGUGGACUGGAGCAUGGCGCUGAUGUUCCUCAUGGCCGUCGGGACGGUAGCAGGGGGAGGAUACUGGAGCGGUGUCCAAGAAAUCACAAAGCGUGGUUUUCUCUUCAGACAGACGGAGCAGGAGGAGAGCGGCGAGACGGAGGAGAGCGAGACGGUGAACAUCACUCCGAGCACCAUCGCCGUGUGGGUGGGGAUGUGCUGCCUCCUGCUGGUGCUCCUUUACAUGUUCUAUGAUUAUCUGGUGCACGUCUUCAUCGGGUUUUUCUGUCUUACCUCCUCUGUGGGUCUCUACAACUGUCUCUGGCUCAUCGUCCGCAGAAUUCCUGUCGGGAAGUGCAGGAUUCCCGAGAACAAGCUGCCCUGCUUGAAAAAGCGUCUGGACAUGCGAGUGCUGCUGCUGGGUGGAUUGUGUGCGAGUGUGAGCAUCACCUGGUGUGUGUUCCGCAACGAGGACCGGUGGGCGUGGGUGCUGCAGGACACGCUGGGCAUGGCGUUCUGUCUCUACGUGAUGAAAACCUUCAGACUGCCCAGCUUCAGAGCGUGCACACUGCUGCUCACAGCCCUGUUAGUGUACGACGUCUUCUUCGUCUUCAUAACACCUUAUUUGACUAAGAGUGGGAAGAGCAUCAUGAUUGAAGUUGGGGGCGGUCCCUCUAAAUCAUCCACACACGAGAAGCUCCCGUUGGUUCUGAAGGUUCCGUCCCUGAGCUUUUCUGCUGUGGUUCUGUGCAGUCGGCCGUUCUUACUGCUGGGGUUCGGAGACAUUUGUAUUCCAGGUCUGCUCAUAGCCUACUGCCACAGGUUCGAUGUUCUCGUACACUCAUCAAAGGUUUACUUCCUGACCUCCACUGUGGGGUACAGUGUGGGUCUGUUCCUCAGCUUCGCGUGUGUGUUACUGAUGAAUUUGGCUCAGCCGGCUCUGCUCUAUCUGGUUCCAUGCUCCCUGCUCUCCAGCCUGAUGGUGGCACUGUGGCGCUCAGAACUGAAGCUCUACUGGAGCGGGGGGGUGUCUCUGCCUUCGCCUGUUGCCAUGGCGCCCGUCGCUCAAACACUAAACCCAGCCGUGUCUGAGACCUUAACCAAUCAGGAGCCAGGAUGUGAAGUGACCAAUCAGGAUGAAGACCCGCUUCCAGCUGCAGAGGAGGAACGUCCUCAGAGGACAGAAGACAGCUGCUCAAACAGACUAAAUAUACAAAAGGACGACUUUCUUCCUUAAUUAAUUUAUAUUUUAUGGCCUGUGAUUUUUUUUUUUUUUUAAACUCUGUAAGAACCCAUGAAUGCAACAGCAGCACAAGUCGGCUGUUACGGACCGUAACCUGUACCGCUGGUUAUCAGAUUUAGACCAAAAAACAAAUAUCUUCAAAUCCACACUUUGCAUUCAUUCCCGUCUCUUUCCUGGUCCGUACGUAACGAGCUCCUCGCUCGUCUCCGAAUUGAGAGUUUGUAGAAAUCUGUGGUUGGUUGAAGAGAGCAAC